CUCCGUCAACUAAUGUCAUUUUACACAAACGAAGAGUCAAGAGCUCAUUAUGUUUGGCGUCGAGAUAAAUUAUGAAAUUAAUUUAUUUACUUAAAAAGAUGAAAUAAAAAGCAGCAAAAUGUAUAUUUUAAAAGCUUGUGCGGUGUGUUUCAGCACUGAUGUAAAGUUAUAUAGCCUGAAUCUUGGGCAAUUACGACAGGAAUUCCACUUGAUUUCUGGUAUUCAGACAAGCUGUGGGGACGGUUUGCCGGACUAUUUAUGUUACCAAUGCACCGCUCUUGUUAGAAGCUUCAAGCGGUUUCGAGAUAAAUGCCAUCGAGCUCGCUACGCCUUGAAAGAGUUGUUGUCUAUUAAAAAACAGAUUAAUGCAUCAGAUUUAAACAACGUCAACCGCAGUCUCCUUGGUAUAUCUCCAACUCUUUCGUACAUGAGCUUAGAUAAAACACAUUGUGAACAAGCUAAGUUUCAAUGGAAGAAAUUGAACCACAUAGACUGGUGGAGUAAAUCUAAGGGAGAUCCUUGCCCCGUUGCCCACUGCAGUACACUGACCAGCGAUGAUACAUUUAAUAUACAACCUCCUUUACCAGUGGAAAUUGAGUUUACAGAAAAUAAUAUCAAAACUGAUAAGGAAGAGCCAAUAAAUGAAGAACUAGAUAUUAGCUAUGAGCCAAGCAAAGAUGAAACUGUUGAUUCGCAAAUGACUGAAAACACAGAUGUUGAUAAUUCAUUUGUGGACAACGAUAAUUAUGAGAGUGAUAACCAGGUGCUGAAUGAAUAUUCUAAUGCAAUGUGUAAAGUAGAAGCCACGGCUGAUGGAGCAGAAGGCUCUAAAAAUGAUGAAGAAUAUGCAACCAUGAUAGCUAUCUCCCUAAAAGAGGCUAAGGCAGCAAUUGAAGUGUACAAAAUGUUCUCUCUCGGUAAAUUUCGCUGUGAGAUAUGCCAUAAGGCUUAUUACAAUGAAAACAGAUUGAAAAUACAUUUACGUAUGCAUGAUAAGCAUGUUAGCGGCAGUUACCGCUGCACAUUGUGUGAGUAUUACUACAAAACGGAGUUCUUGCUUAAAACUCACAUGACUGAAAAACAUAUGUUUAAGUAUUUAUGUAAGAAGUGCCCUGAAGUAAGUUUUGAUAGAACAUCAGCCAAACAACAUUACAUUUGGACGCACUUACAAAAAGGAAGCAAGAAAGACGCCAAUUGGUAUGAGUCGAGACCAAGCUGGCUGAGCAAAACGGGCGGGAAGAGAAUAAAAGGCGUUGUCACACUAAGACCAGUAAAAAAAAUGAAGAAAGUUCCAGAAGACUUCCUCAUUUACUCUCCGAUAGCCCAUGAAGAACAGUACACAUUGGUUCAGGAGCGCCAAAAGUCGAGGAACUAUCAAGAAGCGAAAUACAAAUGUCAUCUGUGUUACAGAGGGUUUAGAGUUAUGUCUACUUAUACUAAACAUAUGAAGAAACAUGAUCCUGAGCAAUCAGGUUACCUACAGUGUGAUAUGUGCAAGCUGCAGUUUACCGACCACAGGAAGAUGUACAAGCACAUGAAUAUCACACAUCUCUACAAAUACUCCUGCCAAAUGUGUAGCUUCGUCUGCUAUAACAGAGGCCAAGCGCAAAUGCACUACAGAUGGCAUAAAAACGUGACGUAUUCCUGUCCUCAUUGUAAUAAAGAGUUUAUGAAGGCAUCGACUCGUCUAACACACAUACGAGUGAAGCAUCCCUCCAUGAAUCUGUGCAACCUCUGCGGACACAGCUUCGUCAGCGAUACCGGACUGUACUGUCACAAGCAAAUAGCACAUACUAAGGAGGAGAUAGAGUUAAGCAGUAAGGUAGUGGCCAACCCUGCAGACCCGAGCUACUGCGCGGACUGCAACAUCCAGUUCGUGAGCGCGGCCGCGUACGACACACAUCUCGGCAGCUCGUACAAACACGCCACUACCAAUGUGUCCAGCAAGCCCAGCCGCGCGGGGCGCGAGCGCGCGGAGGCGGGGCGCGGGGCGCGCGGCCGCCCGCGCCGCGGCGUCUGCUCCGAGAUCGUCAACAACGGGGUCACCACCUCCACCACCUGCGAAGUGUGCGGCAAGUUCCUAGCGAAUGACGUGCAAGCUCGCAAACACUACGAGUCCGAACACCCCGACACCGAGUUCCUCAAGCGAUACAUGUGCGACGUCUGUGGACAUACCACUAGGCAAUACGCGAACCUGAUAGUCCACAUGCGCACACACACGAACGAGAAACCAUACGGGUGUCCGCACUGCGACCGGCGGUUCAACAUGCCUAGUAAUAGGGACAGGCACCUUGUCGUCCACACGGGGGAGAAGCGCUACCAGUGCCAGCACUGCAGCCGCCGCUUCACGCAGAGCUCGGCCGUCAAGCUGCACAUACAGACCGUGCAUCUCAAGAUACCCUACGCGCCAUGGAACAAGAAGAACCGCAAGCGACGGAAGGAGCUGGAAUCGGCCGGUAUGUCAACACCUCUCACCCUGCCGCCGGUCCCACACAAGCUGACGGCAUACGAAACGCCCGGGGACUACCUCAACGCGUACAUCACUUAUAACGACGAAUAACAACCUGUAUCUGUGAGUCUGACAUACCGUCAUUGUUAAAAAAAUGUAGCAAAAAAUACAUCUGAACCUACCACGAUAAAUUAUAGUUAUAUUAUUGCGGUUGUUGAAUAGAGAUGGCGCUGCACGCCAUGUAUUACGCUCUCGUGCUUUCAGAACUAUAAUAAUACUUGAUUGCGGUAGACCCCUAUAUAGUUGAGGUUUGUAACGUGUUCGUGAAUUUAACAGAAACCAGAGCGUAAGCUCCUUUAGGCAAUUGACAUGACGACAAACGUCCACAUUGAUAGAAACGACUCAUUUGAAACAUAUUAUCUAGAUACUUCAAUCAACUAGUUCAAUUUGCUAUUUUGACCUGUGUCAACAUGCGGACCUCUAAAAAGUACCAGGUUUUUUUCCUUGAAGUUAUCCCGUGACAUUAACUCAAAUGUAUGGAGAUAAAUUUCCUAUACCAAGUCAUGUGACUAACACUUUUUCAAAAAUAACUGCAAUUCGAUCAACGUAUACAACUGCACAAAUAUAAUUUGCCUUGAAAUCAAUAUCUAUUUGAUUUAUAUGAGAUUAAAUAUGAAUUAUGUUCUUCAGUCUUUUUUAGAAAAGUUUUACAACAAAAUAGUUUUUCUAUAUACACCGCAUCAUACAAAUUGCCUCAGAGAUUUCUUCCAAUUGUGUAUAAUAGUAUACUAGUGAAAUGUAUUUCUAGUUAAGAUAGAUAAAUAAAUAUGACUGCGAAAAAGGUAAAUAUAAUCUCACUGUAGAUAUUUCGAUGUAUGAAUGGUUGUGGAAAGUGAAAAAAUCUUUAUUCAGUAUUAAGUCUAAUGCUAGAAGGAUGUUAUUCAUGUAUGAAAGAAAGUUUGAAAAUAAGUUAUAGUGAAAGUUGGCAUAUUUUGCUAAAUUACUGUCGAAUUGCGGUACAGUCAGCAAUAAAAGUCGGUUAUAACAAGUUUAAAAAAAACGCAAUGAAUUUCAAAAAGUUGUUUUUGUUUCUUAUCUGUCGCUGGAUACGCUUGACACCUAAAAAUAGUUUAAAUAGCACUAAACUCUUAUAGUUUUCUAAAUAUCGGGUAGUUUGCACAUUUUGUAAAUCUGUUUAGUUCAAUGACUUUUUUGCUGACCAUACGAGCUACUUCGACGGUGAUAGCUCGUAAAAUAUAUCUUCCAUUGUCUAUAUCAAGCAAUAUUAGAAAUGCCUACGAUAUAUGUACUAAUUAACAUUAAGCUGAAAUAAAUUAUAUUCACCAGAAGUGAAGCAGGCUAGAUAUAAUAAUAUAGCAAUAAUUAUUUAAUGUUGGGAGCCCAUUGAAAACAUAAUCCGUGCAUUUAUCAGCAUUUCUUUCAAUAAUAAUUAUUAAUUAAGAAGAGUAAAAAAAUAUCUAAAAAAGCAAAAUUUUGCCUUUCAAACCAAAUUGUUUAAAAUCUCUUCAGCUAAUAAGUAAGAACUUUGAGAUUAAAUAUUUGAUAUUGAAUUACCAUAAAAACAAUGUUUUUCUUAUUAUCUCAUAGAGUCUAACCAGAAUCAGACUUUCAUUUCAUUUGUCACUUUCCUAUAAUUUUUUUUUUAAUCGUUAUUGUUGUUUUCCAUUGAUUUUAACCGUAGCGUAAAUACAUGUCGACUAGUUUCGGUCACGCCAUCUCCAAUUCUGCGGUGUUGUCCGAAAUUAGUCGGACGAUUCGAAUAAAUGUGCAUGAGAAAUACGUUUAAAAUAAAUAUUUAAUACUACAAAACCAAAUGCAGUAUAGUAUCUAUGUAUACCCAUGUUUCACGAUUCUUCCAGUCCUAUAUGUUAAAUCAUUAUUCUUGAUAUACGGUAUUAAGCAUAGAUAUUUAUUUACACUACAAACCAGCAAUAAAUAGAAUUAUAUUUAUUAUACUUGUGUUUUGUGUGUCGUGGUAUCAUUUAGGGUCUUUUCACAGUUGUGCCCUUUUUAUAUAUAUUUUAAGUGGUUUUUAGAAUGUACGAAAUUACGUAGCGUGUUUAUAUUAGAGCACUAGUUUUAAGAUUAUAUAAUCAUUGAUUUUAUGCGCAAUGUAUUAUUCGCCUUCGAAAUAAAUAUUAUUUUUUAAUAA